CAAAGAGAGGGAAUAGAAAAAAGACAAACAAAAGAUACAAGAUGAGAAGGAUGAGGUGGAACAGAUCAAGAUGGAGUUACGGAGAAGGUCAGAGAAUCUAGACAAAAUAAUGGAGGAGACCAUGACAGAAAAGGAGAAUCUUGACAACAUGGCUGUCCAAAUCCAGAAGGAGAAAGAGGUAAUUAAAAGUGUUGUUGAGGAUAUCAAGACAAAGAAGACUGAUAUGGAAUUGAUGAAAGCUGAGAUUGAGACAGAGAAACAAGAGACAGAAAACAUGAAGGAUGUGAUAUCAAGCGAGAAACGUUAUUUGGAGCAAAUGAAGAUUGAGAUGGAAAAAACCAAGGACAAGAUAGCAAUCGAUGUUGGUGAUUUGGAACAGAAAAAGGCUGAGAUUGAGAGAGAAAGAGAUGAAGCAGACAAGAAGAUGGUUGAAUUGAAAGAGGAAGAGCAAAGUAUGAAGGAGGAUAUUAAGAAGACGAAAAGACAACCUAGAGCAGAUCAAUGCUGA